AUGUCCAUAUUUUUUAAAGAAAACAGUAGCAAAUAACCAAUAUUCCAAAAAAAACUAGGUUAUAAUUUAUUGGCAGAGGCUCUGCAAUAAUAGGGAUUAGAGUAUUGCUUCAGUGUGGAAAAUUCUCCAGUGAUACAGUUGGAAAUUGCCCUUAUAGCUAACGAGAUUAAGAAUAUUGGGUUUAAAAGUUAAAAAGGAGCUGUUUUUGCAGCAUCAGCUAUUGGGUUUAUGACGGGGAGACCUGGGAUAUGUGUUUUUGGUAGAGAAUAUGAUAUUAUUUAAGUUAUUGAGGGUCUCACAAAUGCAUGGAUUAAUGGAUGGCCAGUCAUAGUAAUUUCAGCAUGUAAAGACAUAUAUAAUCAAGCGAAAGGCACUCAUUAAGAAAUAGAUAGGAAGGCAUUUAAGAAAUUUUAUAUUAAGUACUCAUAGAAGGUGACUAGUGUUGCUGAUAUUCCUAUGGUGAUCGAAAAGGCUUACAAAAUGUGUGUUUCUGGCAGAGCUGGACCUGUCUACAUAGAGAUCCCAGGCAAUAUAUUAGAUUCAUAAGUACCAAUUUAAUAAGCAUUAGAGCCAGCAAUCAUAACUUAAGCACCUCCUGUUCUGUCUUCAUAUGAAGAUAUCAGUAUAGCAGCAGACCUUUUGAAGAAAGCAAAGAAUCCUUUAAUUGUGAUUGGUCCUUUAAAUCAUGCUGAAGAAGCAGAAAUAAAAAAAUUAAUUAGCAAGAUUUAUCUGCCAUUUUUACCUACAUUGUUUGGUAAAGGAGUCAUUUCAGAUAAGCAUAAUUGCUGUGUUAUCUAAGCUCAAAAUUACGUUUUAUAAAACACAGAUGUCAUACUUUUAAUCGGAACGGGUCUUAAUUGGAUAUUAGACUUCGGCCAAUACCCUUAAUUUAACAGAGAUGCACAAAUUAUUUAAAUAUUUAAUGAUCCUGAAUAUUUUAACUAUUUCAUUCAAGGCACUGUAAAUUUAUGUGGAAAUAUUUAAGAUACAAUAAGAAUGCUUUAUCUUGAAAUGAAAGGAUUUAACUCUAGGUAGAUUUAAAUUAAAUGGUGGUAAACAAUUUAGUAGAUAAUUCAUAGAAAUGAGUAGGUUAACAAAUAUUUGCUUUUUGAAGAAAAGCAAUAUUUAAGUUUUUAUUCUGCUUUAGGAGAAAUAGUUAACGUUUUACCUAAAGAUUUUAUAUGUGUAAUAGAAGGUGAUGAUAUAAAAAAUAUGGCAAGACCAAUAAUAAAUUAGGUAAAACCAAAGUAGUAUUUAAGCUCAGGAAAUAGUAUUAUAAAAGGUGUAAGUAUUCCUUUUUGCAUAGCAUCUAAGUGUGUAUAUAAAAACAAACCAGUAGUGUGCAUUUUUGAUGACGAAUCCUUCAAUUUAUCAUAAGCAGAUAUAGAGGCCUCAUCUCAAUACAAGCUACCAUUCAUAGCUAUAAUUUUUAAUACAAAAAAAUAUGCAGGUAUGUAUAAAAAAUAAAGCUAAGAAAAUAAGCAAUAGAAUUAUUAAUUUGUAGCCCAUCCAUCAAUUAGGUUUGAGAAAGCAGCUGAUAAUUAUGGAGGAGUAGGCAUUUUAGUAAAUAAUUUGAAAGAGUUGAAAUAAGCUUUGAAUUAAGCUUUUAAAAACUAAGGAAGACUCUACAUAAUCAAUAUUCUAAUAGAUUAGCCAUUAAACCAAACAGAAAUAGAAUAAAAAGCAAAUUAUUUCAGAAACAGUGGUAUAAAUCCCAAGUUAUGA